UCAAGACGCUUCGCCACAAUAAUGUGUUCUUUUUGGUUUUAACCCAGUUUGUCUUGCUAAUCGAAAUGCAUCCGAGGAAGAAACAUGUCCUGCUCAUCUUGCUGCUUCUGUUGUCCAGCAAGGCGGAGGAGCUGGAUCCGGUUAGCAUCACUAUAGCAGUGGGAAUGGCUGUUGGCGCUGCUGGUGUCACAGGAAUUUUAUCGAGUAGCAUUUUCUACUACUUCAAAGAGAGCUGCCGACCCGUUUGGAUAUCCUUCAACAGUACAAGACUCGAGACGGACCUGGACAACAAGCUGUUCGGACAGCACAUUGCGUCUCGCAUCAUUUUCAAAGCUGUGAAUGGCUUCAUGAACAACAGGAACCCAAAGAAGCCCCUGGUGCUCUCUCUCCACGGGUGGACCGGCACCGGGAAGAACUUAGUGAGCCAGCUCAUCGCCGAAAGCGUUUACAGCAAAGGAAUGAAAAGUGACUUUGUCCACUUGUUCACAUCCACUUUUCACUUCCCACAUAGGCAUAUGAUUGAUACCUACAAGUAUCAGUUGCAGCAGUGGGUCAGAGGCAGUGUGACCAACUGUGAGCGCUCCUUGUUCAUCUUUGAUGAGAUGGACAAGAUGCACCCAGGCUUGAUUGACAGCAUUAAGCAGUACCUGGAAUACUAUGACAAUCUGGAUGGGGUUUCUUAUGGGAAGUCCAUCUUCAUCUUCCUCAGCAACGCAGGAGGAGACGACAUCACUAAGACGGCUCUAGAAUUCUGGAAGGCGGGAAAAGGUCGAGAAGAGAUCACGCUCAAAGACCUGGAAAAAACACUCUCGCUGUCUGUGUUCAAUGACCAAAAUGGGGGCUUUUUUCACACGAGUUUGAUCGACAAGAAUCUGGUGGAUUUCUUUGUUCCUUUCCUUCCUUUGGAGUACGAGCACGUAGUCCAGUGCGCCAUGGCCGAGAUGAAAGCCAGAAACCUCAGACCAAACCGCGACGUGGCGGACAAGGUAGCCAGAGAUAUGAACUAUUUCCCUAAACCUGAACCAGUGUUCUCUUCCACAGGUUGUAAGACGGUAAAGCACAAACUAAACUUCUACAUAUAGAUGUGCGCAUCUGAAACAUGAGGAUGAGACACUAUGUGAUGUGACGGAUGUGAACGAACAGGAAGUAGCUGCCUUGCAUCUUUGUUUUUAUUGGAAGGAAUUUUGCACUUAAGCAGCUCUUUAUUUACCUCAAUAAAUGACCAGAGCUGUUAAAUCUCAUGGCACACUGCUAAAAAUUGCACAAGUGAAAUUAAAUGUCAUAACAAGAUUUGUUUUUAAGAAACUCAGGAUUGUCAUCUCAUCAUCAUCAACUCUGAUUGUCUAAAUGGAAACAGUCUUUGUGUUUAUGCUUCCCAAUCAAAGCCCAACAUUAUGUGAAAUAUAUAAGAUGAUUCUCAAAAGCAGGCUUUUGUUAUGAAGCACAACCAUAACCAUGAUAAUCACUUUAAAGCAUUUUUCACUUCUUCUUAUGAACAUGUACAAAGCAGAACACAUUGUAAUCAUAUUUUAGAGGGUAAAUAUGGGAAUGCAUUAAGUUGGACUGAAACUUCUGUAAUAAAAUAUUGUUAAUAUGGAAAUUCAUUGAAUUUUUCAGCACAUAUCACUCUUCUUCCUAAGGUCAUGCAGCUCUAGUAGAGAAGUAAAUAAAUCACUGAAAUUCCCAUGUUGGAGUCUGUGGAAGUGAAGACAAUACAGACGUAAAGGACCGGGAUUUAAACUAAAAUAACCAGGACCAGAUCUUUCCAAAUAUUCUAAUUGUCACUUUAGGUUCAUAAUCUGCUUCAGAAUUGUCAUCUGUGGAGAAAAAAAAAACUGGUAAACUAGAUUGAUGUUUUGCACCCAACAGUUUAUAGCACCACAGAAGUUAUCAUACAAAAGCCCAGAAUUUAGAAAGGCAACUUCUGUUUAAUUUUUCGAGAUAUUUUGCAAACACACCAUCAUCACAAUAUUUUUGUUUAUUUAUGUUUAAUAUGGCUUUAAGCGUGGGACCAGCCUUUUCUCAGACAUCAUAUGAGCUGACAUGAACAGCUUCAGCUUUGAGUUCUAAUACAGAUUUUGAUAUAUUUUGAGGUUAUUAUUCUAUUGUUAUAAAGUCUACAAGGAAGAUACAAAAGUCAGGGAAAUAUCUGAUGGCAUUUCAAGUUUAUUUAUAUCAAACGAUUUCCUUUCACUGUGUCCUUUUUACUGCAGUAGAUGUAGCCAA